AUGAGCAACAGAUCCUUCUAUGAAGACAUCAAGGACGAUGCCCGGUCUUUUAUCGAACGGGUCGGCAAUCAGUCUUUUGUGAGCCCGCAUCGUGGCCCAGUCAAGGGCCGCCCCAAUUCGCUACAAGACUCACUUCGGCAAGAACUCGAUGAAAAGCGCAAAAUAGCGGCUACUAUCAAUGACGAUAUCUCACAAAAGACCCUUGUUUCGCUGCAAAAACAGAUCGACGCCCACGAGGCCUAUAUCAGCGGGUCAAAGCCUCUACUAGAAAUGCUGGCCAAGAAUAGCACUCCGUUGAAGCCAAUCGUGUUGGCAGAGAAAUCAAUUCAAGCGCAAACACCUACCAUUUCUACGAAGCGAUCGACCCACGAUGAAAAUGACGGUUUCCGUCCAGAUCCAGUGCCUAAGCUGGAUUUCAGUUUUUUGAACGAAGAGUCGGCGAAACCGAGCAUGAGUCAGCAUCAAAUUUUCAAGAACAUUACGGUACCUUGGGAAACGGCCAGUACGGAUGAAGAGGCUCAACAGGUUUCUGAACGGUAUAGCGACCCAGACUCCCAGCCGCCUUCAUCGGAGCUUCAUAGCGUAUCGACAACAGAGUUGGCCACUGCUAAAGAUUCCGGUCACCAAUGCUCACUAGAUUUUCACGAGCCGGUAGAAUUGAAGCCUGCUGAAGACGUUGAGCAGGGUUUACCAGCGACUUUUGGCCAUUCGGGCGCGGCUUCACAAAGCAAUUCGGAAGCACAUACGGAUGGGAUCGAUGAUCUGACCGAAAAUAUGCAGAAGUUUAGUCUUAGCGACCGAUCUUUCGCAGAAGUUGUUCCGUCGUUGUCGUCUGUUCACAGUGGAAACUUGGAAGGUCACACGGAAGAGGAGGGGGUUGCUUCUGCCCGAUCCGAAGCCCUAACGCCGAAGGAGGCCGCUGAGGAGCGCCGCUUCAAUGUCUCUCGGCGCGAUAUGAUCGAGGACUUCAUCAGCUCCUUCAGCGAAAAGCAGUCACCGCGCCGCGAGCAUUCUCCCCGUUCCUACGACGCUAGUCUCAUUUCACCACGGAUGCGUCUUGCCACCUACACACCACCAUCGAUGAGUCCGCGCUCGCGUUUUGCGGAUCAGAUCUCGACGUCUCUGAUAGAGGGAGAGCUGAAAGCAGCGCUAUCGGAGAGCGGCAAUAAAUCCAUAUUGGAGGAGAGUCUUGAUGAUUUGCUCGGCAUCAAAUCCUUUAUGAAGUCUCGGGACCAGCUCCGCCAUGUACCUAUGGAAACGGUACAAGAUGGUGACGAAGAACCACCCUUGACAGAUCUGCGACUGGCCCACGGAUCGCUUUUUGAUACGCCUAGAAAAUCAGCAUUUCCUUCCCCUCCAUCGACAGCGUCUUCCCGUGAACCGAAAUUUGCUCCAAUUCCCCCAAUUCGGACAGCCGAGGGGGCGAUCGAGCUCAUCGAGUACAUUUCACAGCAAAUCGCUAAAAACGUACCUUUAUCUGCUGUACGCGAGGAGGUGCUCAAGCGCAUCCGCCUUGAUGACUUGAAGCGGACAAACGAAACUGACUGGGUACGCUCAAACGUUGACGCGGAUAUUUUGGAGCAGACGCUACAAAUGAGUCAACUAUUCAUGGAGGCUGCUUCUGCAGAAGCGGAAAGAUUGCGUGAACUGAGUCAAGACUGGGCAUCCCAACUCACCGAUGCUGAAUAUCAAUUCCUGCACAAAUCGGAGUUACCGUCGUACCACUUCCAGAAGUCAUUGCGGCGACUUCCGAUCCCGAAGCUCUCUGAUACCGCUAAUCGGUAUCUGGCUUCGGCUAAGGUUGUCCUCAGCGAGGCUGACUAUGCAAGAACGGAGAAGCUCAUGCGCGAAUUCGAGAAUGGCGAAGGGAAAGAGCUCCAAGAGGAAUUGUUGAAGUACGACAAAAACCACAAGGAUACGAGCUAUAUCAGCGAGCCGUGGUUCGAUAUCUACCUCAGGGCACGUGUUCCUUGCCCGGUCAACUACAAUCCGUUCAUGAUGUAUGCGGCCGACCCGAACGAGAAAUUCAUGGAGCAGGCGACGAGGGCGACCAACUUUGCCAUUUCUUACGCUCGCAUUAAGAAAUCAUUGGAUGCUGAGGUACUCGCACCAGAAGUCUUCCACAUGAACCCUAAAAAGAGCGACACGAAGACUUUCCGGCGGGUUUGCAGGAUGCUUCCCCCUUCACUUUCCUGGUUUGGGGCCGUCGCUUUCAAGGCCUUCCCGUUGGACAUGAGCCAAUACAAAUCGCUCUUCAACGGAUCUCGUGUCCCCAAGAAAGAAAAGUGGGCUGAUGCACGACGGGAGCUUGAAGAUCUCGGGAAUGGAGAACAACUGCGGCAAAUCGACGGUGCCAUGUUUGCUCUUUGUCUCGAUGAUUUGAAGACUACCGAUCAUAAAAGGUUGGUCCAAUCGCUUCUGAUCGGUGAUGAUGGCUCAAAUCGCUGGUUCGACAAAUGUUUCCAGCUGAUCGUUGACGAGUUGCUGAAAAAGUGCUCUGAUCAGCAUUCGCAACUCGUCAAGGAGGCUAGCAUGGGCCAAGGAUUCGACCGCCAUCUACUCGGCCUUCGGAUUACGGCCGAACGGUUGGGCAAGCCGCUUCCGGUAGUUUUCCAAGAUGCUUCUUAUAACAGAAUGGGCCAUUUCGUCUUGUCGACCUCAACGCUCUCCACGGAAACGAUUGUUUUUGGCGGCUUCGGGCCUGUUGUCAAUGACGGAUUCGGUGUCGGCUACAAUGUAGUGCCAAGCAAACUUGGAGCCGUGAUCUCCAGCGUGAAGAAAAAGGCCCAAACCUUCGCCGAUGCCUUGACGGAGUCGCUCGACACGCUGCGUGGGAUUCUGGUCAAA